AUUACACAAAAACUUGACAGUGUAAAGUGAAUAAACGGGAGAAGCGAUACAUUAUUUUUUAAACUGUGUAAUUAGCAAAAUUUUUUGGUAAUUUCGCAUUAAAGUGGAUAUUGGUGUACAGUUUCAGUGAAUAAUCAAUAAUGGUUAUUAAGAAAAUUUGCUGCCUAGGCGCUGGAUAUGUCGGGGGACCUACGUGUAGUGUUAUAGCUUUAAAAUGCCCCAAUAUCACAGUCACAGUUUGUGAUAAGAGCGUUGAGAGGAUAGGCCAGUGGAAUUCUGAUAAGUUACCGAUCUACGAACCGGGUUUGGACGAAGUCGUGAAACAAUGUAGAGGUAAAAACCUUUAUUUCUCCACUGACAUUGCUAAAGGCAUCCAAGAAGCUGACCUUAUAUUUAUUUCUGUGAAUACACCGACGAAAACUUUCGGCAAUGGCAAAGGUAGGGCAGCAGACUUGAAAUUCAUUGAAGGCGCAGCUAGAAUGAUAGCUGACAUAGCAACAAGCAACAAAAUUGUUGUUGAAAAGAGCACCGUACCAGUGAAAGCUGCUGAAAUUAUAAUGAAAAUCCUCAGAGCUAACACAAAACCUGGAGUCGAGUACCAGAUCUUGUCCAACCCGGAGUUUUUAGCCGAAGGGACGGCUAUAGUCGAUUUGGUGGAAGCGGAAAGGGUCCUAAUUGGUGGUGAAGAAACACCGGAAGGACAAAAAGCUAUACAAGAGCUCUGUUGGGUAUACGAACAUUGGAUCCCGGCAAAAAAUAUCUUAACAACCAAUACUUGGAGCUCGGAAUUAUCUAAAUUAGCAGCAAACGCGUUCCUUGCUCAACGAAUAUCGAGUAUCAAUUCCCUGUCAGCUGUUUGUGAAGCCACUGGAGCCGAUGUAUCGGAGGUUGCACGGGCUAUAGGUCGGGAUUCCCGUAUUGGACCAAAAUUUCUGGAAGCUUCUAUUGGAUUCGGUGGCAGUUGCUUCCAGAAGGAUAUUCUUAACUUAAUAUACCUAUGUGAGUGUCUGAAUUUACACGAAGUUGCUGCAUAUUGGCAGCAAGUUAUUAACCUAAACGAUUAUCAAAAAACCAGAUUCACACGUAAAGUUAUUGAGUCCUUAUUCAACACAGUAUCAGACAAAAAGAUUGCUAUAUUAGGCUUUUCAUUUAAAAAAAACACAGGAGAUACGAGAGAAUCUCCUUCGAUACAUGUAUCAAAAACUUUAUUAGACGAAGGUGCUAAAUUACAUAUAUAUGAUCCAAAAGUGGAAACUGAUCAGAUAUUCUACGAACUUACAAAUCCUUAUAUCACUUCAGAACCUGAAUUAGUACGUAAAAAUGUUGAAAUUCAUGGUUCAGCGUACUCAGCAGUCUCCGGAGCUCAUGCUAUUGUACUCUGUACGGAAUGGGAUGAAUUUAGGACCCUGGAUUAUAGAAAAAUAUAUGAGGUCAUGAUGAAGCCUGCGUACAUAUUUGAUGGAAGGAAGAUCCUCGAUCAUGAAAAGCUGCUGAAUAUUGGAUUUCACGUUCAGACAAUCGGGAGACGACUGUCACGGACUGGAAGUAUUCGGGCUCAGGGUAGUCAGACAUUGCCUUAAUUUUACUGUCUACUUCCAGUGAAGAAGCAGCUAAAAAUCCAGUUUGAAAUCCAGUUUAACACCAGGUGAUGUUGCGGCCAAGCGUUCGUUCUACUUACAUUAAAAAAUACACAUACACCUAUCUCCCAAUGGGGUAGGCAGAGACAACGAACCUCCUGACAAUGACUCCAGUAUCGCACAAAAGGUUUUAAACGAAAAAUUCACAAAAAGAUAUAUUUUUAAUAAAAAAAUCAAACGCAAUGUAAUUCUUAGCGAAAUUAUUAUUUUCAUAUUUAUACGUAAAAUUAUUUAAGUUAUUUUUUUUUAUUAAUGCUCGAGUUCGGAGCCGUUAAAAUAAGAAUGACCAAUCAGGGAUCGCGAGUAACGGAAAAUGAUUUAUGAUUGGCGGACUGAAAGAAAAGCCACAAAACAGUAAUCAUAGAGAUUAAAAAGAAAGUUUUCUGUAAUUAUUAAUACAAAGAUCGAACACUGUCAAAAACUCCUUCAAUCUGACAGGACACGAACAGGCUCCUAAGUCUCAUAAUUUUCUUGAAACAGGUCCUUGAGUAACAAGCACAGGCAGUUGAGUCUCUAUAAAGGUCUAUGCCCAGCAAUGGCCGUCGUAUGGUAGAAUGAUGAAAGUGUCAGUGGGAUGGCAGUGACGGCAUUCAUCGGCCAUUCUCACGUUCGAUGUUCUCAGCCUAAUUACCGUAGCCAUUGUUUUUUCUCGCUUAAUAUAUAUCCAAUAACAUUGAACAUAUGAACAACUUUGAGCUUAACUAUCAAUAUGUCUAAAUGACAUUAGAAUACGGCCAUGGAUACGGUAAAUAGGAAAAGUUGAAACAUUUUUAAGAAAACAUAAAAACAAAAAAUUUAAAGAACAACUAUUAACAUAUAAAUAAUUUUCAUUUUAAAAAGGAUUUUCGUCGACAGAUAUAAUUAAAAUUAUAACAUUGUUUUUGUAACAGCUGUGAUUAAUCAUAAGAAAUAAUUGGAGUAACUUUUAAUCAUUACUACUAACCAAAUAUUAAGAAACUUAAUUUUAUUUCGAAAAAUUUGGAAUGGCACUUCUAUCAGUGGAAAUAAACCAAAUGUCCCAAAAUACACUUAUAAUAAUUCAGUUGUGUCAUAAAUAGUCGGCUUUUGUUAAAAAUGUUUUGAACUUUCUAAUUACCGUAUCCACGCUACGGUAAUUAGAUUUAUUUAUUUAUUUAUUUAUUACCGUUACAAUACAAACCGU